AUUUUUUUGAAUUUAACAAACUUGAGAAAUGCAAGGCAUCAUUCCAUUAAUCAAUAAAAUCCAGGAGGCUCUUAUGGUGGUAGGCUCCCAGUCGUGCGGCAAGUCCUCCGUCUUGGAGAGCAUCGUUGGCAAAGAUUUCCUACCAAGAGGCAAUGGGAUUGUUACUAGGAGACCUUUGGUACUCCAGUUGUACAAUAUUGCCUCUACGAAGGAAUAUGCCUUCUUCUCUCACCUCGACAAAGAAUUCACCAGCUUCAGAGAGAUCAAAGAGGAAAUUAUUAGAGAGACUUGCAGAGUUUGUGGGGACAAUAAGGGUGUUAGCACAGAUCCUAUCUUCUUAAAGAUCUUCUCCAAUAAUGUUAUCAAUCUUACUUUAGUUGAUCUUCCAGGGAUUACCAAGAACCCUGUAGGUGACCAGCCAAAGGACAUUGAGAAGCAGAUUAAUACCCUCGGAAAAUACCAUAAUUCUGGCUGUUCCCCUGCAAACGCUGAUAUUGCCAACUCUGAUUCUUUAAAAAUGGCCAGAAAGGUCGAUCCAAAGGGAGAGAGAACCUCUGGAAUUAUCACUAAGGUAGACUUAACGGAUGAAGGCACAGAUGCAUUGGAGCUUCUCCAGGGAGAAAUUUACCCUCUAAAAUUAGGCUACAUCGGAAUGGUCUGAAGGUCCCAAAAAGAGAUCAAUGAUGGCACUACUAUCGUUGAUUCUAUCAAACAGGAGGAGAAGUUCUUCAAGACCCAUCCUGUGUACCACAAGAUGUCUCACAACCUUGGUAUCAGUGCUCUAUCUAGCAAACUGAAUACUUUAUUCAAUGCCUUAGAUAGUUUGCACCCACUAAAGAUUAUUAGUGAUGACGACAUUCAUACAUCUGUCGAGAAUGCUUCAGCACUGACACCAAGCCUCUUCGUGGAGGAGAAAGCAUUCCACAUAUUGGUGAAACAACAAAUAGCUAGGUUGCAGGAACCAGCUCUGCAGUGUGCAGAGCAGGUCUUCACAGAGCUAAGAGACUUGGUCUCUUCUAUCUGCUUACCUGAGCUGGAGAGGUAAAGAAGCUUCAUUUUGCUAUCAUUG